AUGACCGUCCACAAACGCAUGCGGCCUUUACGCCAAGGGGAAUCACAGUGGAUAUUCGAAUCUCACGCUCUGGAAAAGACACCUUCUAGAGAUGCAGGCUUUACCCUCGAACAGGAGCUUGAGUCGCGCAGGCAGGCCAUCUUGUUUAUGCGGUCGUUGUGGCUGAGAGUAGCUGGAAAAUUACACGACACAGAUCCCGAGGCAACGGCAGGCAAGGCCGUAUUGACCCUCGCUGCCAUCCUCGUCCACCGCUUCUAUAUGCGCCGCUCACUCAGUGACUUCUCUCCACAGUCUGUGGCUCCGAUAAUCCUCUUUCUCGCCUCCAAAGUCGAGGAGGCGCCACUCAAGCUGCGACACAUCAUUAAUGCCACACUCACCAAGUUCGAGCCCGGAGCACCGCUAUGGGAGCCCUCCAGCAACGAUGAUGUGAAUCCUCAACCGCUCGAGUACCGACGGUGGGAGAAGGAGAUCCUCGCGACCGAGGAGGUUGUUGUCGAGGCGCUAUGCUUUGACUUUGCUGUUGAUCAGCCGUGGCCGAUCCUCCGCGCCGCAGUUCGCGGCAUUGACCACCUGUGGGCCAACGAGGAGGGGGAGCUGGCCAACGGGGUGAGGAAACGUCGCGCUACCGAAGAGGUCAUCAACGAGCUCGGGUGGGUUAUGCUCAACGAGGGAUACCUCGCCCCGCUUCCUGUGCUGUAUAGGCCGGAAUACAGUGCCUUCGCCGUGUUCACUCUCAUCCUUGCAGUGGUCGAGGAGAUGCGAUUGGACGAGGCGGCCGCUGCGGCCACCGAGCUCGCAGGACGGUUCGGACUCGACAUCCCCUGGAGGGAGUCGGUAGAGUCGAGCAGCAGGGAAUACGGUACAGAGGAAGCUAAUGCGAGAGGUGCAAUUCAUCAGUAUAUCGUGUUCUGCCAGCAGGGAGUCAUCGAGAGGGAACUCGCACGGCUGAUCAACACAACAACAACUAGCGGCGAAACCUACACGCGCAGGUUCAAGGUCGAGGGACAGGCCAACGGGAACGGGAGGCCGAACGGUGAAGCCAUCUAA